CGUCCAUUCUAGAACCUAGCUAGACUCGUCGAGAGACCGCGAGGAUUGCGUGCCGUGUCGCAGGAGAGAAAGCCAGAGCUUUGGGUGGAGCCAUGGCCGAGGAAGCGGGAGCGUCGGCGGCGCCGGUGGGCGGAGAUGGGAAGAUGACCAUGGUGGUCGGGGUGGACGAGAGCGAGCACAGCUACUACGCGCUACAGUGGACGCUCCUCCAUUUCUUCUCGCCCGGCCAGCUGCAGCUGUACCGCCUCGUCGUCGUCACCGCCAAGCCCACCGCGGCCUCCGCCGUCGGCCUCGCCGGACCAGGUGCCGCGGAUGUGCUGCCGAUGGUGGAGGCGGACCUGAAGCGGAGCUCGCUGCGCGUCAUCGGCAAGGCCAAGGAGCUCUGCGCGCAGGUGAGCGAUGCUGUGUUUGAAGUGGUGGAAGGAGAUGCGAGGAACGUCCUCUGUGAGGCGGUCGAAAGGCAUCACGCCGAGAUGUUGGUUGUGGGCAACCAUGGCUAUGGAGCAAUCAAAAGGGCUGUUCUUGGAAGUGUGAGCGAUUACUGCACUCAUCACGCGCACUGCACGGUGAUGAUUGUGAAGAAGCCAAAGCACAAGCACUGAGCAAAGCCCCAGCAUUGCCUCAUCGCUGAACCCAGUGAUCAGUAUUCAUCGUUGGACCCUGUGAUCAGUAUUGUUCUUACGUAUGUAUAUAUUGCCAGAUUGUGCAUCUGGGUGAAUAAAUGGACCCUGGAUACCACAUGUAUAGUUAGCCAGCUCCUUUGCUGCUGCAAGAUCAGGAUUAAGAAGGUCAAUAAUCGAUGUGCCUUGCGCACAUCAGAACAAUGUCUUUUGUGAUGCAUCAUGCAUGCAAUGCAAUUAUUCAGUAUGUAGUGUGAUCAA